AUGUCAUUUAUUCACGCUGCUUCAGAGGAAUGUGUUAAAUCAGAACUGGAUCUUUUUCAACUGGCACCUACACAGAUCAGUAUUGAAAACAGUACCUAUGUCGAGAUCUCUCCUUUAUCAGCGCUAACACCCAACGCUCCCCUGGAAUAUUUUAUCAUGGGACAUGGUGAGCAUUACACGGAUUUAAACAGCACCCUGCUGUAUGUGAGUUGCAAGAUUGUAAAGGCUGAUGGGACACAUAUUGAUGAUGGGUCAAGGGUGGCCCUGACCAACUACCCUAUAGCAUCAUUGUUUAACCAGCUGGAUGUUACCUUGGGAGAUCGGCUCAUUACACAGAGCCAUCAUUGCUAUUCUUAUUGGGCCGUGAUUGAACUGAUUCUGAACUUUGGUGGUGAUUUGCUGGGUACCCAGUUUACAGCUGGGGUUUUUUACAAAGAUGACUCGGACCUCAUGGAAAACAGACUGUUAAUUAAUGGUGUUGAUAUGAAAGUCAAAUUCACAAGAAGCAGAAAUGAAUUCUGCGUGAUGAAGGAAGGCAAUGAGAAUUACAAAGUACAACUCCUGUCGGCUUCUCUCUUUGUAAAAUGUGUAAAAGUAGCCCUGGAUGUGUGCCUUGGUCAUGCAGAAGCUUUGCUUACUUCCAAUGCCAAAUACCCCAUUGAUCGUGUGGGGAUGAAGUUUUACAGCAUUCCUGCAGGUAGCCUUGUGUGUAAUCAGGAAAAUCUAUUUCUGGGGCAGCUACCUAAACAAUUAGUGAUUGGGUUUGUGGACAAUGCAUCUUUUAGUGGGGAUUAUGAAAGAAAUCCGUUCAAUUUUCAACACUGCAAUGUCAAUUUUUGCGCUCUGCAUUGUGACGGUGAGCAGAUCUCUGCAAAGCCUCUUCAGCCUGAUUAUGAGCAGGGUCUUUUUGUGAGAGAGUACAUGCAGAUGGUGCAAGCAACAGGCAAAGGCAUGAAAGACAGGCCGCUGUUAAUCAACCGGGGAUGUCAUCCAUUGCUGUGUCCUGCGGAGACGGCUGUGACAGCUGUUCUGGUGAUGUUGGAAGUGUCCGAGGUUCUUCCACUGGAUAAAUGA